CCGCCGCAUGACAGUUGUAUAGGGAAAAUUAAGAAUUAUGAAGUAGGAUAUUUUUCCAAUUUAUUGUGUUUAAAUGACAGCAGGAAAAGAAACCAUGGGAGAGCAGCCGAUUUUCACGUGCAAGGCGCACGUGUUCCACAUAGACCCGAAGACGAAGCGAUCCUGGAUGUCAGCCAGUUCUGCGGCGGUCUCCGUGUCGUUCUUUUAUGAUUCGUCACGGAAUCUGUACCGCAUCAUCAGCGUCGAAGGCACCAAGGCCGUCAUCAACAGUACGAUUACAGCCAACAUGACAUUCACUAAGACUUCGCAGAAGUUCGGGCAGUGGAGCGAUGUGCGGGCGAACACCGUGUAUGGACUGGGAUUUGCUUCGGAAGCUGAAUUGGGAAAGUUCAUAGAGAAAUUCCAAGAAGUGAAGGAGGCAAUACAGGCGCAGCAAUGUGGAGCAACAGCGAAAACUACGAACGGCUCUGGUGCCGCGACGCCCGUGGCGUCGGCCACUGCUAGCCCGCUGCUGGCGGCACGAGCCACUACCGGGGAGGAACCUCCGGCGCUUUCACCGGCACAGUUCCCAGUUCCAGUUUUGGCGGAGCAACUUGGCCGCGAUACCCGAAGGCCAAAAGUAGAAAAUGACGAAAUGAUGGUACACCAGCGUGCCCACUCUGUAUCAUCAACCCUGCAGACGGUGUCGCAGGGCGGGUACGCGACGGUGGGCCGCGCGCCGCGCGCCGCGCCCGCCGCCGCGCCCGCCGACGCCGCCGACAGCGGCGAGCAGCUCAUGCGCUACGAGAACGACCGCCUCAAGCUGGCGCUCGCGCAGAGCUCGGCGAACGCUAAAAAGUGGGAGGUGGAAUUAGCUACAUUGAAGAGUAACAACCUUCGACUCACGGCUGCUUUGCAAGAAAGCACUGCCAAUGUUGACGAGUGGAAGCGACAGCUCCAUCAGUACAGGGAAGAAGUGGCUCGUGCAAGACACUACGCUACGGGGAAGGGUGGAGAAGCAAACGAAGUAGAUCAAUUACGACAACGCGUCGCGCAGCUGGAAGCUGAGUUAGCGCAGAAGAACGAAGAGCUCCUACAGAUUACGAAGUCUAAGAAAAGCGAACAGGAUGAAGAGGCUAAAUUAGCUCAAAGUCAGCUAGAGCUGGCGCUGGCUGCUCAGGACGGACAGCGGCAAGUGAUGCACGCGAUCAACGAACAGCUGGCGAGGCAGAUUACCGAACUGACCACCAUCCACCGCGAGAUCAGCACGGCGCUGCAGACAUGAGAGCGGCGCCGCCUGCCGCUGCUGCUGCGCGACCGGGACUGAACCGCGACCGGUGCUCCGACGGUGCGAGAGUUAUUUUAGACGGUACGUCUGUUUGUAUUGACGACUCUUUGUUUUGAUAUUCAUUUAUUAUAUGAACUUCGACCUUCAGAAUUCGAUGUAUGGUAGAAGUGGUAUUUAUAUUAUUUUACUCGUAAUUUGUCUCAGUUUAUACGAAAUGUACCGCCCCCCCCCAUUUCAAUUCAAAAUACAAAAUUGGGAGAGUCGCUUACCUAAUUUAUCUUACUUUACGCAGCGUACUUGUAUAAGUCCCUAACAUUGUUCUGCCCAAUAGAUGUCGAUGAAUUGAAAAUUAGAUGUCAAUUUAAUAUAUUAUAUUGAUAAAUAAUUACCAAGUAUGAUUCUUAACUAAUAUUAUUUGGUUUCAAGUAAUUAUAACAUUUAUAAUGUAUGAGAAAGUAUAAACAGUAAGGAUCUGUAUACUUUAAACUUUCGCGAGGUAAUAUACAUACAUACAUUUUAUAUAUUAUAUUCGCGAUCUAAGUCAGCUCGUGACCUUGACAGAUGCAACUCUGUCGAAACGAUUGACAGUCUUCGAUGAAUAGAAUAGUUAAAUAAAUGUUCGAUAUUUAAAGAACCAUGACUGAAUGUACGAAUGAAAUUCCAAGCGGAGUGCCUCUACGAGACAAAGUCACGUAUGAAAGACUUGAAAAGUUCAACACGUGCGACUUAAGUAGACCCUCCCCGCUCCCCCGCGCGCCGCUUGUGUCCCCCGCCGUCGGUACCGCUGGCAAGUUUGUUACCUUUGCGUAGUACGUCAGCAACGCGAGGUGACUAGUUCAGACUGUUCAGACAGAUUUUAUCCAUACUGAACAUAUUUGAUACCAUUUCUAGUAUACGAUCAGUUCUGAAGACAUUCGUGAAGUAAUACCGCAAUUUUAUAGUUCGCUAUGUUUUAAAAUGCAAUAUAAUGCAAUUAUAUUAUGAAACGAUUGAUUUAUUUGUUUUGUAUAGAUGAAAUGUAAGCGUUCGUAUGGCCCACCGUUGAUUUACUAAAUUGUUCCUCGAUAUGGCCAUAUUGAUUGUUUUUUUUUUAUUAUCUGUUAUUGAAAAUAACUUGACAAUUGUAUUCAUAUGCUAAAAUUGAUAUUCAUUAAAAUUAAUUUAUCGAAAAAAAAGUAAUAUAUGCUUAUUAGAUAAUUUGAUAAUUCGCUGUAAUCAUAAUUUUAAUAUAAAGCAAUUCGUAUUAAAAAUAAAAAGAAUAUUCUUUAUAAUUCUCUCCCUUAUUUCUCGAUUUAAUUCACUAAAAGUCUGUAUAACUUUAUCUUGCACUAAUUCUAGACUAUUUAUGAUAUUUUAGACAAUAUUGUGUCGGUAACUCUUGUACACAGACUCUAUAAUAAUUUGAAAGGACUAAUAGUAUUUCUAUCUUUUUCAAACACAUUAAUAAGAAAGAGAUAGCAAUAUUCCUAUUCCGGUGAAGAUGGUGUUGCUCAGAGAUUGUGUACAGCAGAUUGUGUCCGUAAUGUUGAAAAACUAAACAAUUUUCCAUUUAAAAAUAUACACAAAUGUCCUAAGUCUGCUAUUAUAUAAAUAUUAGUUUGAGUUAAUUCUUCUGCUAUUUCUACUCGGUGGCUAUAUAACAUAAGUAUUUGAUACCCACCUUUAAUAGUAUAUAAAUAAAGAUUAAAAUCGUGCGAACACGAUGCCAUGCCAAAAAAAAAUAUACUAUUAUGAAAGUAGUAAUAAAAAAUCUGGUUGCACGUAGAAAUACCGAUUUAAUUAAUAAUUUCGACUAUUUUCGCCUGGUUUUUCAAAGGGCAGUGUGAAAUGUGUAGAAUAUUUGAUAAGUAUUCCUUAUUAACUUUAAAGUUGGGACGUGAACUAAUUAUGUGCUUUUAAAUUGGACCGAGGGUUGUCGCGCCAAAUCAAAACGUAUUAAGUUAUUUUAUUUGUAAACAAUUAACUAUGACAAUUUCUAUAAGGUUAUUAUUUGCAAGACGUGACUUAAGACUUUGUUUGUUAAACUUAAAAAAUGAUUAAUGAUUUUUGUAAUUCAUGAUUCUAUUCGAGAUGUGCCCAGACUGCAUGAAUACUGUGCAACAUUUUGUUGAGUGAAGUAACUCAUUUCGUGUUAUUUAUUCGACUAAAACUGCGUGAUAUCGUUUAUCACGCAGUUUUAGUCGAAUAUUUCAAAAGUGUCAUACAAGAGACACGAAUAAAACCACGAAAUACGAAAAAAAAGGUGAAUAUAGUACAAUUUGGAGAAGUACAAUUUGGAGACAAUGAAUAGUGGGCACAUUUCGAGAUAAAUAUCGAUUUUUCUUACAUACUCGAUUUAUAAUUAAUUCAUUGUAAUGAAAUUUAGGCAAUUCAAUAAACGAGCUGGACGAGAAUUUAAAAGUUUAGUCACAUUUCUUGAAAUGAGAAAGCAGGAUAGAAAGAGUAGAGAGAAAGAGAGCUAAAUAUUUAAGAAGUUUCACUUUCAAGUUAUUGCUAAGUUGAGUUAAUUGAAAAUAAAUGAUCUAAGAAAACAAAAACAAUACAUUAAACUAGUCUUAUAUAUUAAAUAAAAUCGUCUUUUGUUCAAAACUAUCUUGUCAAUUAAAUUUGUAUCUUUCAUUAAGAAUUUUGAUUGAACUAAGAGGAAUGUACACGAAACUGGUGAAUCUUUACUAAAGAUUACGGACUUAACCCUCGAAUGAGCAUUCAUAUCUUAAGGAAAAAGAGUGGCUUUUUCUCAGCUAUAAAAACGCAUUCCUCUAUCUCUUAAAUACGUAAUCUGACAUCAGUAACAUCAACUACUUUUAAAAGUUACGAAUUACCAUCAGGUGCCCCAUAUAUACCAUAUAUGGGGCACCUGAUGGUAAUUCGUUUCUACCGCCCAUAGAAAUGGGCAUCGUUAAAACAUCUGUAACAUCAUCAAUACGCCAACAACCUUGGAAACUAAAAAUAUUAUAUGUCCCUUGUGCCUGUAGUUACACUGGCUCACUCACACUUCAAACGGAACACAAAUAUGAAAUACUAAGUAUUGCUAUUUGCCGGUAGAAUAUGAGUUGAGUGGGCCACCACAAGGAUAAAUUAAGUUUUGAUUUGGCGCGUAAUAACUACAUUAUCUAUAAAGAGAACUGUUAAGUCUACUACGGUUGAAUUUGGACUGGAGACUCGAGAAUGAUAGUUAAAUAAAAUAUGAUAUUAAUAACAUAGUAUUAAGCGUUUAUAACUAUCGUAACUAUAUGAUUCCUUGAAACUCGGAUCUGUAUUGCAUUUCACUAUAUUAUUUUGACUCGAUAUUAUUUAUCUAUACAAUUAGAUAUAUACAGUCGUUGUAUGAAUUUAGUAUUUCAUAGAACGUUUUUUUUUUUUUUUAUAUAUAUUAUUAUAUUUGUUUAGUAAUAAUAGCUGUGCAUAUAUUAAAUUUCCACUCGAAAUUUGUUAGUGAAAUUAGUGUUUCUUAGUUAUACUAUGUGUAAUAUAAAAUUGUACCAUUCCUAGUCUUAAGUACAACUAAUCAUCACUCUGUCCGUCUAACAUUUACCGGAUAAAGUUAAGAUUUCUUUUUACUUUUUUUUUUUAUUUUUUUUUUUCGAAACCCUGUAUUGCAUAGACCCCUUAGCAAAUUAGUGAACAUCAUUUAACAGAUAAUAGCUACCUGGAAUGAUGUAUUUAAUAAAUAUAUUUUAAUAUUAAAUCGUUUUAAUUAAGUUUAUACAGGUUUACUAGUUUCUUCUUUGUAUUUUAUAUAUUAUAUAGUGAAUAUUAUUUCUAUUUUUAUUGAUUUAUAACUUUCUUCGAACCAGUCAGCUAUUAUCUGUUGAAAUGUUAAAAAAAAAAACAAAUGAUAUCAUAAAAAAGGCUGAGGACACAAUUUUUAAAAUAUACAAUGUCUUCUAAACAGGGUACUUUUAUUUACUGUUGUGUACGUUUUGAAUAGUGAUGUUGUUAUUCGAUUUUUAACUCUCGUCUACAUGAAACAGAGUACAUUUUCGUAGUGACAGUUUGUUGAAAAAAGUUUUCUUAUACAAACUAUUACUGAAACUUGUCCCAAUGUUUCGGAACACUAGCCUGUAUUAUAUAUAUUCGAUGUAAGAUAUGUUAACCUUCUGUGCAGUUGUUAAAUAGAUGAUACACGAUUUAUUUGUUAGUUAAAUAAAAUAAUAAUAAUAAUAAUAAUUAAAUAGUUUCUAGUGAAAUUUAAUGUUUCAUAGUCACACAAUAUUUAUUUGUACAUGGUAUAUGUUUCACAGUAUAUGUAAAAUUAUAUAGAUAAAUUAUGUAGACAGAAUUGAUCUGUUAUUUGAAUGUACUAUAGGCAUAGUCUAAGUGUUAAUUUCUAAUAAACCGGUGUUGAGUGUGAUUACAAUAUAUACAGAUUAAAAAUUAACAAGAAUAAAUAAAAUAGAAUCGGUUUAAUAAAAUUAUAAAUGUAAUCUGGCUGGAGAUUACAGAUGAUAAAUUAAAAAUAGUUAAAAACAAUAAAGCACAGAUUAAAAAUAAUAAUUAAUUGUCAAAGGGACAAUGACCUGUUGUUAUUUCUCCCACCGAUUCUUUUCUUUAAUUGGAGUGCCAAUGUUAAAGGUUUUUUGUUGCGUUAAGUUAAAUAUAGCUUAAUCAAAACGGGUCGUUGUUUCUUUUCUAUAUGUAUUGUUGUAUUGUAAUCGCAUUAUAGAUUGUAAUUAUUUAUUAUUAGAUAGUCUGCAUUGCGUUUGUUAAAAUAUAUUUUAAAAAAAUGUCUAUAGAUUAUUUAUUUAUAUUUAAAUUCUAUUAAUUACCAUAAUCUAACGAAGUAAAUUUCAUAGCAUUUAUUUAUUGUAAAGGAUUUUUUUUAUAGACAAUAUUUGUUUUUUAUUUCGUGCAAAACUUUAACUGAUAAUAAUUUCUAUAUAUUUUCUCUAAUAAUAAAGAUUUAUAUUUGGUGCUCCCCUAUUUAUCAUAGAUUAUAAUUUUCUAAAAUAUAAUUUUAGCAUAAUAACGAUAUAGUUAAUGAGAUUAGUAUGAUAUGUAUAUUCAAAUGCAGCGCAGACUAUCCUAUGUGUACGUACGUUAUCUUCCAUUAGAUUCGUAGUCGCUGUGAGCUACCA